CAAUCCGCCAUCUUGAAUUUUCUCCCCAUGUCACAGGGAACUCGGCGGACGUAACAGCUGUGAGUGCGUCUCACUGCUAAUCCCUAACUCUUUUUUUUAAACAUUAAAUAGUUUGGACACAAACGCACAUUUAUUAAACAAAAUAAAAAUAAAGCAAUAUACCGCAAGCACCGUUUUAGGAAGUGUGUAAAUACAAGUGAGUUACGACAUAAAAAUUAUCAAGUUAUCGAUUUUAUAUAUUUCAAUUCGCUGAAUUUGUUAGUGCCGUGCUCCGGGUUAUAAUUGUUGUAGUUACUUCAUUAUUGUAGAAUAUUUUUAAAGUGAGGAGAGUGGGACUAGGCGGGUAAUCAAUAAGCUGUUGGAGAUACGUCGGGUGGUGCGAAAGUUACAGCAGCGGAUCACUGUUACGCCAAAUCGUACACAGCGAUAUAAAAAAAUAAUAUUACCAUUUACUGCAGAACAAAUAUAAGAUGGCUGGUGGCGGAGACCCGAAAUGGCAGAAAGAUGCGUCGGAUCAGAAUUUCGACUACAUGUUCAAACUUCUCAUCAUUGGCAACAGUUCUGUAGGAAAAACCAGUUUUCUGUUCCGUUACGCGGAUGACUCAUUCACAUCAGCAUUCGUAUCGACGGUGGGGAUCGAUUUCAAGGUGAAGACGGUCUUUCGCCACGACAAACGCGUUAAACUUCAGAUAUGGGAUACUGCAGGACAAGAGCGCUACCGGACCAUUACAACGGCAUACUACCGAGGAGCCAUGGGUUUCAUCCUCAUGUACGAUAUCACCAAUGAGGAGAGUUUCAACAGCGUGCAAGAUUGGGUGACGCAAAUAAAGACGUACUCAUGGGACAAUGCGCAAGUGAUCCUGGUGGGCAACAAGUGCGACAUGGAGGAGGAGCGUGUGGUGAGCGCGGAGCGCGGCCGCCAGUUAGCUGAGCAGCUAGGCGUCGAGUUCUACGAGACCAGUGCUAAGGAGAACAUCAAUGUUAAGUCUGUGUUCGAGCGCCUGGUGGACAUAAUUUGCGACAAAAUGUCAGAGAGCUUGGACUCUGAGCCGGCCAUGCUUGCCGGAGGAGCCCGCGGCCAGCGCCUCACAGAGCAGCCGCAAGGGAACACGAACAGCAACUGUAACUGUUAAUGUACUGUCAAUUUUAACUGGGCUAUGGCUUGUGAAGGAGCUUUUGAAUCUGUAGCGAUUAGCACUCGUGGUAGACGCGGUGACGCGGUCGUAAAACUAAUAAGUCAAUAUUAUCCUCGUGCACAAAAUCCAAUUUGUAAGCCGAUACAUUUAUGAGGUGUCUGGCGACCGCUUAGUCGUUUGCCUGUUAAAGUGAACAUUUAUUCUGACGGCAUCUAGAAGUUAUCCAUCAGAAUGUAACUCACACGACCUUGUUCAAGCAAUAGGACCAAUCAAACACUCGUUAGUUUUGUUCGAUAUCGUUAGCAUUAUUUAGCACAGUUGAAAAUUAUCUGAUUCUGUAAACGCUUUUCGUAUACACAUAUUCUGCUACGAGUGCUUUGUCCGCUGAUUUCUUUAAAGCUACCUCCAAAAAUAAACCAAUAUUGAGGAGAGAAUAAAUAAAAUAUAGUUAAUUUACAAUCAAUGUUAUACAUUUCUGUAUUCGUAAAUGAAUAACCCCUUACCGUUCCAUAAUCAUGACGUUUUACCACUACAUAAUUUGUCACAGGACAUAUUAGAUUUUAACACUUAGUACCAUAGAAUUAACACUUAUUUGAACGAAAAAUAUUAUUAUUACAAAUGUUAAAACUUGUGUGUAUCUAUAUAAUAUUAUUGAUUAUCUAUAGGUGUUAGGUAGCUAUAUAUAUUGUGAGCUGGAGUAGGGAUCUGAUACUUCUUAUAGCUAGUUGUUAACCGCCUGAUGGUUCCCUUCAAUUAGUUUUGCUCUCGUUGACUAUGUCUAGCUGUUUAUUUUUAGCUAAAUAAUUAAAUGUUGUGUAUGGCGAUGUAUAAUUGUUUUAAUGUUAUUAAAAUUAACAACGAGAAUAAAACAAUUAGGGAUUUGAUUAUCGUGUUAUAUUUACAUCAAUCACUACUUAAAAUCAACUGAUUACCAAUCCGCUUGCAGCAAUAAGCGUGGUGGAUUCAUUGUAAUUAUGGGCAAAUAUUGAACCCAAAAUUGUAACUUGCAUUUAAAGUUUAGCGAAUGUUAGUAAACAUGUAUUAAAAUUCUGUUAAUGCUUAUUUUUUCAACUACUAUUCUUUUGAAGCGAUGAGCAUAGCUACUUUAUUGAACAUUUAGGUAUAAGUAGCUAAAUUAGUUGUUGACUUCGUUGUAGCUAAAAUUUAUUUUGGCCUGCUAUCUAAUCGUAAAUCGGGUACAUAUUGCUUGUACUUAGCGUUCACUUUGUAAAUACGUUAACCAGUGUAUAAAAUAAACUACUGUAUAGUAUUAUAUCUACGUACUAUAUAAAUCUGUUUGUAUUCUUGUUACUACGCUAUGUUAAUACUAAAUAUAGGUGUUUAUUUAACCACUAAGAUAAGACAUGUUUUAGUUGUAUCCUUUACUUUCAUUGCAUAAUUUAUAAUGAUACUUAAACCGUCUAUAACGACCGCGUGUAGCAAUUAUAAUAUGUACUCUUUAAGAAUUGUACUUACCUUCUUACUAACUUGGCUGGCAUGAUGACCCAAAAUGAGUCUUGGCCUCCAACACUUUAGCACGCCAAUAUAAGAAUUGUAGAGUACAGAUUUCAUAUUACAAAAUAUCUAAUACCUACAUUACAUAACGUUACAAAAGCAUAAUGAACAACGCAGUUUUUAUUUCUCAGUUUUAAUAUAGUUAUUCGUCUUUAAUAUUACAUUAGCUUUUAAGUGUCUGUUUUACAAGUACUUACUGUAUGAGUAAGUACUUGUAUAAGUAACGUACGUACUUAUGAGUAAGUACGUUACUUAUACAAGUUUUCGUAUAAGUAACGUACUUACUCAUAUUGUCGUUAUGGGCGGAUCCCACAGUAUUGUGUAGGUAUAUGUAUUCGGCGUGUUUCCUCAUGUGAAAAUUACAACUAGGUGUAUCUGUAGGCGACAUAGACAAUACGAUUUAUAUCAAGUUAUGUUGAAACAUGAGCACAUUUAUUUUUUUAGGAACUAAUCAUGUAUUGUUUAGAUAUUAAUUAAGAAUAAGUCAUCAAUUUCUUUGAUGUGGUCAAACCGAACUAUUAAAAAUACGUAUCUACUUCAUUAGAUGACUAUAUUUUGAUUGCUUGAAAAAGCAAUUUGUAAAAAAAAACACAAAUGACGUCGCCAAAUUUAUUGAAAGUACAAUAGAGAUUGUCUAAAGCAGAAUUAAAUUUAUUAAAACCUACAAUUAAAUUUCAUCUUAUGAUUCUUAUGAAUUAGCAAUAGAUAAAAAAAUUAUUAUGUUUUUAACAUUAUCUAGCAUCAGCUGUUUCAACACCUGGGUUUUAAAAAUAUUAACCCUUUUCCAGGCCGCACCAAUCUACAAGGUUUCCCAAAAAAAUGCAAAUAUAUUUCAAAUAAUCCAGCUAUGAUGCCGAUGAUCCAUUUAAAUAAAAGUCACAUUUCCCGAAAAUGCAAUCUAGUUUGAACCUUAAUUGGGAAUGAUAAAGUUGAAAUUCUGUUGGAGCACAUGUGGUCGACAAAUCGUACUAUGCCUAGAAAAGGGUUAAAACAGCAUGUGUCAAUUUGACUUAAUCAAUUACCUACCAACAAACUACGACGGGAAAAGUCAUCAAAAGAAAUUUAAAACAGUCGGAGAUGCUAUUUUUACCGGCUGUAUUGCAUGAAACCUUUCCUAUGUAUAAAUAUUACCUAGCAAAGUGAACAUUUGAUCUAGUUAUUUUGAAGGUGAUGAUUUUUAGUAACAAAUAAACUGUAACUAUGGAUAUAGUUUCCCCACGUUACUAAUGCGUGGCGUUGCCGGUGGAAAUGGGCUUAAUAUAACAGUAGAGGUAUCGUAUAUAGCAGUGUGUGUGAGUCCUGUAGCAGGGCGUGAAAGGCAUAUCGUAGUAACGGGCUUUAGUAGAUUGUGUUGAUUAGCAAAUAAUAUUUAAAACAUCAUAUUUUCACUAUUUUUAAGUAUUAUUUGCAGAAUAUUAUAAACUUAAUGAACGUUUUUUCACACAAAUUUUGACUCGAUAAGCUGCAGGAAAGAAUUAAACUAGUAGUAUUCAUAAUUGUAUGUUAUAUAAUAUUUGUUGUGUGUUAAAGGAAUUAUUUAAAGAUACACCCGUGUAAAAGAUUCACGAAUAUAAUUAUAUAAAUUAUUAAAUA